AUGGAUAGAGAUAGAAUUGACCUUAAAGAAUUUGAGCAGAUGUUGCGUGUUAAGUUGAAUAUUGAUGAAACAGAAAUUCCAAAUUUAUAUUGGACCAUAGACCCAUGUCUGCCGGAGUAUUUGAUUACAAAUGAAGACUUUUUUAAGUUUUGGGAGCAUGUUGUACCUGAUGAUAAAGGCUUCAUAUGUUUACAAAUGAGUGUAAUGAAUUCAGAAUUUAGGAAUGAUAAUGACUUCAUUAAGGCUGCAAUGGAACAACCAGUAGUAACAAUUGAUGAGACUCCUAAGAAGGCACCUAAGAGGAUUGCUAAGAAGCCAGUUUCAAAGGAAAAGUCAAUAAAGAUAUCACCUACAAGGAGAUCACCAAGGUUCCAUGCUCAAUCAAAGAAUGAAAACUCAAAUGGAGGAGCAUCUAGGAAGUUGUUGUUCAUGGAUCUGUUAAAUGAAGUGGAAUCUCAGGGUUUUUCUUGCCUAAGUCAAGCCACUGUUGUUGGUUCUAGCAGUACACCAGUUGAUAACUUUAAUCAUGAUUACUGGGUUGAUGAAGUAACCAACACUGCUGCAGGGGAUAACACUGAUGCAAACACUACUGUAGAUGAAUGUCACCCCAUUGAAGACCCAAAUGCUCCACCAAUAUUUGACAGUGAUGAAGAGAAUGAUAUUGAUUAUGAAGAUAUUGUCAAGACAUACAAAGUUGGAGAUGAAAGCAGUGAUUCAAGCAGUAGUGAAAAAGACAAUGAAGAAGUUUCUAAUGAUGACAAGAAUAAUGAUAAGGAUAAUGAUGGUCCUGAAGUAAAUGAUGAUAAAUAUUCCAAACCAAAGCUUGAUUACCAGAAGACCAUAUAUGCAGAUGCUGUUAAUCCACUAGAAGACAUAAGUGAAUGGAACUGGGAAGAUAAGGCAUCCAUGAACAUCAACUUAAAGCCUCCUCCUUAUCAAAGAAAAACUGGAAGACCAGCAAAGAAGAGGAAGAUGAGCUAUGAUGAACCUGAAACUGUGGUGAAGAAAAGGAAAUGUGGAAAGUGUGGAUCUACUGCUGGUCAUAAUAAGAGAACCUGUGAUGGUGGUGAUGUUGGUAAAAACCCAACUGGAUUCAUGCCAAGCACCGAGUAUGAUGCUGCAAACUGCACCUUCACUAGUAGAGAUCAUCCUGAAAGUAGCACUGCAAGGGGGUAA